AUGUCUACCUUCUCCGGCUUCGGCCAUCACCGCCAACGGUGCAAUCAAGUCAAUUCAGACAACCAGUCUUCCAACAAUGAGGACAAUGGAAGUCGCAGCUACGACACGCGCCAGCCGGAGAACAACCGGGGUUUCCAAAACAAUCAACCUUUCCCGCGCACGUCACGCCAUGCCGGACAACAUCGGACCACCAUGAACCCUCUUUACACGGGUGGAAAUGCAGAAUUGGAGGAACUGGAAAGACAGAUCCAAGAGGACCAGGCCGAACAUCUCCGGAUUACCAGAGAAGCUCUUGAAUCAGCAAUUGGCCACUGCGGCCACACAUACGAGGAUGCAGGCGUCCAGAUUCGCCACAGUCAAUUACCCACCCCGGCCUAUCUCACCCCACUAUGCCAAUAG